GGCAGCUAACGUUAGCUAAGCUAAUGCUAAACCGUUACCUGGAGAACAGGAGCUAACUGUGUUUAUUAUCACACGGUGGGUUAAUCACUUCACAGAGUCACAGACAUGUCCCAGUCUGUUCAAAUGUUCAGCGGAGGAGAAAAGGUGGACAAGAGGACCUGUAAUCAAGGAAAGGUAGAGAGUCUUCAGGAGAGAGAGGAGUUUCUGGUGAAGAAGAAAGAAUAUUUGAAGACUAGGAUUCAGCAGGAACUUCAGCUCGCAAAGACAAACAGCAGGAAGAACAGACCUGUGGCUCUGCAGGCGCUGAGAAGAAAGAAGUGGUAUGAGAAACACCUCACGUACACCGACUGUGCCAUCAAGGCGGUUAGGGCUGCUCAUGAAGACAAAAAUGUUGUCAACAAGGUGAAUGAUCUGAUGAAGGACUUCACAGAUGAGCAGGCUGACAGCCUGAACAUGUCAGACAGUCUCUACACCGCUGUGAGCUUCGGACUGGAGUUUAAUGAGGAUGAGUUGCUGGCAGAGCUGGAGCGGCUGGAGAAGAAUCUGGAUGAGAGUUUUGUUGAGAAGGACAGUAAGGAGGACAGAGUCUGUUAUCCUGAAGAUUCAUCCAGUGCAUCAUCUUCUCCUCCAGGGAGGAAGCAUGACGACACAGGUGUCAGAUUACACUGAUAAGACAGCGGUGUCCACCAUGGAUUCUUUGUUAAGUCGACACUGAGGAAGACGAGGUGGAGGACCAGUUAGACUAUCUGAGGCGCUGGGUAUAUGACUCAUAAACACACAAUCAGCCUGGACACACCACAACCUAAAGCAAUAGAGGAAAGUGAAGGAUGGAAUAAAAAAAAGUCAAACCUUAUCAGUUUUUGUUCAGUAAGUGUUCAAUGAUUGGGAAAUAGACGGGCAGUUAAUGCACAUAAAGAUAACACGUUUCCUGCUCUUGCUCCGCUUCUUGUUACCUGUAAACCAGAAUCUGGUCCAACAAUGAUGACAGAGAACUUCUCAUUUUGGGGUUAUUUGUGACCGUGUUUUAGACUUUGAGAUUUUAGCCCAGUGACUUUAUUUUCAACACAAUAAGGAGCCUUAAUGGUGUGAAAAUGUUUAAAAAAGUUCACUAACAUGAACAAGCUGAUCCCAGCAGCGUUAGAGCAACCCCAGUGUUUUGUAAAGUCUUGCCUCUCUGGAUGGAGUUUUGUUUCUUAAGAAGAGUGAUGUAAGGACUGUUUCUGCUGAUGUUAUCUAAAGGUCGGUCUCUGUAAACAUGAAUUAAGUAGCUUGUAGAAAAACAAUCUGAGCCUGUUAAUAAGAAGCACUUUAAGAGGACCUGCUUUGAUUUACAGAUUUAUCUGCUGGGAUUAUGUUGCAGCCAUUAAAGCCUGUUAUGAAACUCCCUGCUGAAUUAAUCUGGAACAAUGCCAGAGUGUUUUAGUGACAUCAUCCAAACUCUAAAAUAUGUGAAAGUAGGGACUGUGUUAAGACACUGGACUUCUAUGUCCUGUACGGCCCUCACAGUCACACACAGGCUACAGAUGUUGUAGAGUUGUAUUAUUAUAUCAGGCUGUUGUUCUCGUUCCUUGUUGAGUUCUAACAUCUGUUGCUGAUAUCUAAUGUUUGUGAACUUGGUGAGAUUAUUGUCUCCUUCCCCUUGAGCUCUGAACAUUGUUUUAGCUACAAGUGCAAACUUUAAAAUACUCUGAUCGGUUGCUUUGCUUUCAUUGUUACAUUUCGUGGAACAGUAUUCAUUCUGUUUGCUGUCCGGGUGCUUCUUAUGAAAGUUUAUGUUUUAAAUUCUGAAUAUUUACAAAAUAAACACUUGAUUAACACCUUUAA